AUGGGGGUGCUGGCCGAAAUUAUCCGUGUUGAAACAGAAAAGUUGGAAACAUACCUCAAAGAAAACGGCAUAACUCAACCGAGUUUUCAUGUGGACGCGCCUGGCGAUUUCCCCCACUUGCCGGACGAUAUUCAGGAGAGCCGUCAAAAGAUUGUCUUCGCCACGAAUGAGCUUGCAAAUCUUGUCAGGGGUCCUCGAGAGAGCGUUAGGUUUGGUGCAUGGAGUUAUUUGGACAGCUUGAAUCUACAACUUAUCAACAGCUACCAGCUUGCUAAGCUCGUCCCGCUGGACGGCCCUAUUUCGUUGAAAGAACUUCAGUCCAAGACUACGCUGGAACCCAUCUUUCUUGCUCGCACUCUACGCUAUGCUAUGACAAACUACAUCUUUCACGAGCCGUCUCCAGGCUACAUUGCCCACACCGCCAAUUCCCGUGUUCUGGCUCAAGAUACUUCGCUUCAAGCCUGGGUUGGCUUCAACGUAGAGAGCUGCUUUCCUGCUGCUAGCAGGGUACCAGAGGCGUUGAAAGAACACCCCGAGGCAACCGAACCAACUUUUGCAGGAUUUAAUUAUGCUUUUAACACAGUGGGCAAAGAACCCAUGUAUGCAACUAUGAGCAAGAAGCCGAUUGAAGCCGACCGCUUUGCCCGCGCCAUGCUAAGUUUCACACACGGAGAGGGCUAUGAAGUCAGCCACCUGGUAAAUAAUUACGACUUUUCAGACGUGGAUGCGCGUGGGGGUACAUUUGUGGACAUUGGCGGUAGCCAUGGCUUUGUAUCAGAGGCUUUGGCAAAGAGGUGGAAGAAUAUCAACUUCAUCGUGCAGGAUAGGCAAGAGAUGGUAGAUUCUGCCCCAGUCCCCAUCUCCGAGGAUCCAACAGUAGCAGAAAGGCUCUCUCUACAGGUUCACGACUUCUUUAAAGAGCAGCCUGUCAAAGGCGCAGACGUCUAUUACUUCCGCUGGAUUUUUCACAACUAUUCUACGCCGUAUGCUGUUAAAAUUCUGAAAGGUCUCAUUCCUGCUCUUAAGCCGGGAGCCCGCAUCGUCAUCAACGAUUACUGCAUCCGGGAACCAGGUUCAGAGACCUUGUGGGAUGAAAAGCUUCUAAGAAGUCUGGAUACGAUUAUGGGAAUUCUUUUCAACUCUCAAGAGCGAGACGAGCAGGAAUUUCGAGAUCUGUUCAAGGCUGCCGAUCCUAGGUUUAACUUUAAGGGUGUCUUUAGGGCUGAGAAUUGCAAAAUGAGCGUUAUAGAGGCAGUAUGGGAUCAGUAA